AUGUUCUACGUAACUGCAAUACUGGGCUAUGAGCCUCUGGAUGCGAAGAGUCUCUAUCUGGACGCAUACGACACAAAAUUUUACACUCCCAUCGCUAUUGGCUUCUUUACAACUUUGCCGUGUUUGACAGCUCAUCGUAACCUCCUCGGAAAGCUCUUCAAAAUCUCCCAGGAUCGUUCGGAAGCUCUACGACGAUUCGAGCCUGAAACAGCAUUGACCCUUCAAAGGGAGUUCAUCUCGGCGGUUUACCAUGCUGUGAAUUCCCUUCCAGUGGUGUACCCCUACCUUCCCUCGGCAAUGACUUCAACAUCUCUACUCGGAAAUCUCGGCCCUUUGUUGACGCUGCAAGGCGGUUGUCUGGGCUUCACUCGAGACGUGGAUUUCCUACCGCUUUUCGCACAUCUUUCGACUCAAUCGAUCAUCUUCGUUUUGGAACGCCUUUUACUGGACCAGCGCCUGGCUGUCGUAUCGAGGAAGCGCAGUGGGACUUUGCUGACCACCGUUUUGGAAAGCAUCAGAGCGAUGCUCUACCCCUUUGACUGGAACGACGUGUAUCUCCCCUGCGCCCCCUUAUCAGCAGCUAAGAAUCUAGUCCAAGGCCCGUACCCUCUAUUUUUCGGAACCUGUAUCCCUCCGGGUGAGGACUACUCCUGGCUAGAGAAAAUUCCAGAUAUGAAUAUAGUAUUUCUGGAGGAUGAUAAGGUUAUCCCAGCACGGAAAAGGGCCGAUCGCGGUGACGAUGCGCCUCUCCCUGUCCUCCCCCUAGGAAUGGCCAGUGUCCUCAAACGGCAACUACCACCGUUGUGUUCUGAUGCCUCACGCGUGUUGGGACUGGACGCCCUUCGAGAACAGUAUGCGGCUAGAGCUAGAGGGGACAGGGCGUCAGUUGAUCUCAAUGCGUCUACCUUUUCCUUUGCUAGUGAUGAACAGUCUAUACUCAGUCAGGACUACCCAGGGGCCAACACUCUAGAGGCGGCUCUGGACGACUUCUGGUCCUCCUACUUCAGCCCGUAUGAUACGCAGACCAAUCCUGUCCCUGCUGGUCGGUGGUCUCAUGGGACUAUGUCCAGUACGAACAGCUCCGACUACCGGCCGAUUCGGAGUAGGACGAGGACGCCCCGCCAUCACAGCAAAUUCCAGUUUAAAUUGAGAGUACAAGCGGCGUGCCUCGAGGCGAUGACCAGGCAGUUUGCCAACUAUAAACAGUACGUCACUAAGAGAGAUGAUGAAGACCGAACUUUCGAUGUACAGGGCUUCCUCGGGCACAGUCCGGAGAUUCCAGGCGACAUGGACGAACAGUCUGACGGGAAGCUCUUCGUGGAGCCAUUUUUGGACCUCUUCUUAGAUCAACAUCGUACGCAUACGUUCGACUUGUUCCUGCUCAACGUUGUGGAUACUCCCAAGGCAUGGGUGUUCGAUAAGGGCUGCCAGGUCUGGGCAACUGCUGAUGGGGAUAUCGCCGCAGGAUCGUCCGAGUAG